AUGGGUGUCAGUGGAUUGUGGGAUCUUCUAUCUGAGGGCUUUGAUACUCGUGUACCGUUUGAGGUUUUCAUUAGUGAUUUUCUAAAAAAUAAUGGGCGUCCAGUUAGAAUUGCCGUUGAUGGGUAUGGCUGGAUCGUGGAAUCAGCAACCAAUAUGCAAGUGCAAGAUCAAGAUAAUAUUCCCUUGAUAGUUUCGUUAUUCAUGAGCAAGGUACGGUACUUGUUGAAACUCAGUGUGUCAUUCAUCAUCGUCUUUGAUGGGAAAUUCAAACCCAAAUUCAAAAGAAACUUUGAAACCUAUUUUGAAUCAGCUGUGGGAACGGAGGAUUACUGGGAAGCAUACAACAAGAUACUUAAAACAUUGUACGAUAAGCCCGAAACUGAUACUGAGGAUAUAGAAAAUGAAUCAUCGGAUUUUGCUCAAGUGGUUCGAAAUGUCAAAUAUCAAUUGAAUUUAUGGAACGUUAGUUAUUUGAAUAGUCCGGGGGAAGGGGAAGCAGAAUGUGCGUAUCUUCAAUCUUCAGGGGUGGUGGACUAUGUCAUGAGUAAUGAUGUCGAUUGCUUAAUGUUUGGGGCCACUAAAAUGCUUCGGAAUUUCUCGAAAUUCAUUGAAGAUAAGCCAAAUAGUAGCAAUGCUGGGAAUUUACAUGAUGAAAAAUCCAGAUGGGUGACACCAGUGAGAAUCGAUAAAGUGGAGGAAUUUACGGGUUUUAACCGUUGGAGGUUAUUGUUAUUUGCGGUAUUAAAUGGCUCAGACUAUGGUGAAGGGGUGAAAAAUAUGGGUCCUGAAAGGGCUAAACAGAUCUCAUUAAUCGGCAGUAGCCAAAAGGUAUUUUACACCAGCCCGAAGAAACGGAAAAUUCAAGAGGAUGAUAAUGAAGAAAUUCCUGAUUUCUCCGAACAAUUGAAACUAAUUUAUACCUCUGAGCUUCUAUUUGAGAAUGAUAUUAGAAUUGAAGAACUCCUCCGAUUCAAAAAACAACUAAAGCAUCAUUUAAUUUCCCAUCCAUUUAAGAUCUUCAAACGGAAUUUAUCACAUAACACAUUUACUGGAAAUUCAACCGAGUUAGAAGGGUUCCCAUCGGAUGAAGUUAUUUUGGCGUUGGUUUACCCAUUGGUAAAUUAUACUAAUGUGUUUAAAUUCACCAAUGAGAUGGCUAAUUUUGCCGAAGACACUAAAGAAUUACUUGUGGACGAUGAUCUCAAUACGUCACUCAUUGAUUUCGAUCAUAUUUUUAAAGUGAUCAGUCCGAAUCAGGAUUCAAGUCAAUUGGUGCAUAAAGUAAAGUUGAUUCGAAAUACCGGGGUCAAUAAAAACCUCGAUUACUUUAUUUGUAAAAGCGUUUAUAAAUAUAAACCACUUUCAAAUAAUUGGAUUUAUGAAUAUUCCGUCGACGGAAAUUUCCAAUAUUUCAAUUCAGCUUUGCCGAGACCUUAUUGUGACUCAACUUACAAUAGGUUCAACAUCCCCAACUUUGAUAAAAUUUACAAAAAUCUCCUCAAUGGUUGUCAGGAUAGAACCAAAGAUAAACGAUCGAAGGUGAUCAAUAACCUCGAUGAAACUUAUCUAAUACACCACAUGUCGCAAGCUUUAUCAACUAAAUCGCAAAAACAAAUAUUUUUUGAUACCCAAAAGGUUUUCCAGUACCCAGAUAGGAGGAAAAACAUCAAAUAUUGUCAAGAUAAUAAUAUUUCCCAUUCCAUUGAGCUAUUAAGAAUAAGCUACAACAAAGAGCUGUUUUUUGGAUCAUCGAUUUCUCGGGAUGAAGUAAUUGAUAGAAUUGGUGAUGAUGUUGGGGAAACGAGCUAUAUUAUCGAGCUGGAGGCAGAGGAGGAGACCAGAUUGCUGUCGCCAAAGAAAAGGAAAGACCCCAAUAUUAUCAGCGUUUGGAUUCCGAAAGAAAUUGCGAAUUAUUAUGUUCCUUCAUUGGUUAAGAAAUAUGAAACCGAUUUUGCCAGAGAGAAUCCAAAAUUGAAGAGGUCGAGGUCAAUUAAAAAGACAAAAUCCUGGCAAAAAACUACUCUCGAUCUGUUUGGAGGGUUCAUUAAGCUGAAAGGUGGUAAUGUGGAAGGAAAAGAUCAAUUAAACAAGUCUCCUAACAAAAACAUGCUGACGAUCACGAAUCCUAAGAAAAGUCAAUCGAAAAGUCCUGCCAAAUCCCCUAACAAGGACUUUAAAUUCAAAAUUCCUACUACGUCUCCUAGUAAAAACAUACUAUCAAUGAUUAAUUUUCCAAGGGUUGAUUCCAGAAGCCCUACUAAAUCUCCUAAAAAAACUCUAUCAACUGAAAAUUUCCCAAAGUUUGUAUCGAAAAGCCCGAUUAGUUCUUCCAAAAAUAUACUAGCAAUUAAAAAGUACACAAAAGCUAAUCCCAGAGUUGAGUCAGCACACCACAUUACUGGUAUCGGCGCUGCUUUUGAUGAUGGUGUGACGGAAAUUGAUGUAUCCGAUGGCGAUUCCAGCGAUGAAGAAGUAACAAGAUUAGAAAAACUUCUCGAUGACUCCGCCGGAUUAAUACAGCUUACUGACAAGGAUCCAAUUGAUGGAGGUUCAUUCUUUGAUAAAAUCUUGGCAACUCAAUCUCUUGAUCUCCUGGAAUCAUCCGCUGAAGAAGACAUUUUGAAAAACGAUAUUGCAGAGAAAAUCUCAACAAAAAUACCACAGCAUAAGAGGAAAAUGUCAACAGAGGCACCACAGAACAAGAGAAAACCCGAAAGUGAAUUCAGAUCUACGUCUAAAAACAAAAGGCAGCGAAAUAGAAUGGUUCAAAGAGCUAAAAGUUUGACAGCGCUCGGCUGGGACGAUAGUGAUAAUGGAUCCGAUGCAUUUUCCUCAGCCAAUGAGGCUGAUAUUUGGAAAAAAAAAAACCCAUGGAAAUCGCGAAAGCCUUCGUCAAAGCCAAUCACCAAUAGAACCGCCAAGCGUACUAAGAGUUUGACCGAACUUGGAUGGGAUAAUAGCGAUGAUGGGUCAAAUGAGUUUUCCUCAGAUGAUGGUGACACGAAAAAAAUUCCUGGGAAGAAAUCCUUUGUCAAAGAUCUUGUUAUAAAAAUUAAUUCGGUAUCUCCUGUUAGGAGUUCCACCGUCAAUAUUGAACAAGAUAAUCUGUUUGCGCCAUUACAAAGUACACCAAAAGAUAUAAAUAUUGUGGAUCUAAUGGAUUCGACCUCGAGUGAUGAUGAUUCAAUAAAGGAAAUUGAUCAAAAUGAGUUUUUGAACUCCGCUACUGAGCCGGCUCAUGCGAAGAAAAACUGA